AUGGUGGCGAUACAAGCAACAGAGAAGUACAGCAGCAUGAGCUGUAUGGACUGCCCUGCCUUCGGUUACUCCCACUGUCCUGUUGAGCCCCAGGAUAUCGAAGAUUUGUGCUGCAAGCGAGAUCACGCAAUUAACUUCGGCAAGCACUACACAGCGCGUAAAGUGGUUCCCCACAAACCCCUAAGCAUCACACACGGAAUAAUCACUCCACCCGAGGAAGCCGACAACGAGCCAGAGUACUUCAAAAGACACGUUUUCAUGUCCUCUACCCUCGACUCCCUACCAUUUGAAAUUAGAGAACAGAUUGCAUGGGACUGUUCACAACGAGAUGCUGUGAGGCUGUGCUCCACUAGCACCAGCCUGAUGCACUCAACCCUCCCACGACUAUACAGUCAUAUCGUUUUUGAUAACUCUCCCAUCCACUACUGUGAGGAACUCUCCGCAGAGGGCAACGGUCUGCUAAGCAAGGUCACCACAAUCGGAGGCAUGCGGGAGUGCCUGCGAAGCCUCAAGGACCCCGACAAAGCCCAUAUGGUGAAAAAGCUAGAAAUCCGGCGUGUGGACAUACCCGAUUACGACAUCAUAUCUGCGGCAAGGGUCUUCCUUCCGUUGAUGACUCGACUGGAGAGGCUUGUUUGGACAUUCACUUCAAGUAGCAACAAAGUGCUCCAUCUACUGAGUAACAAGGCGGCCUUGAAGCACCUGCAGGUUUCCACGGUGGACAGGCUGAGUCCAGACUUCACGAACCUGCAGAUUCUUGAAACCUGCGAAAUCGACAAAAUUCCUUCAGCCGACCGGCUGAGCUCUCUCACCCUGCACAUGUGCAAGGGCCUGACUCCACUUGAUGGGCUGACCAUGAAGAACAUUCGAAAGCUCAACAUCUCUCGAAUUCCUGGACGUGCUGAUGGGUUCGUGGCCGUGGAGGCCAUCAUGCUUUCGCGUGCUAUUGACACGUCGCAACUAACACACCUAUCACUGACCCUUCAUGAUGAUGGCUUCCUCAAGCAGUUAUCCAGAUCGUCUUUUGACAACCUCGACUACCUGAGGCUGGAUGUGACAGAAGACACUGAUACUGUCAGCAAUGCAUUUCGCAUUCAAGAAGAGUCUGGCGGAACGCGCAAUGAUGGCUGCAUUUCUGGCGUGGCUACAUUUCUAGCUCAUGUCAACGCUCUCUCUCUCGAUUUGAUAAUCCACUGGAACUCUUCGGUGACUCAUCAUAGGCAAUUCUGGCCCAUGUACUGCGGUGAGAUGGCUGGCGCUCUGAGCAACUCGCAGCUUCGGCAUUUACACCUUGAGUGCAAGGAGGAUGACAGAGGCACACUUAUGAUCCCAUACGUGUGCCUCAGUUACAUCGUUGCCAACCUCUCACCUCACUUGGAAGGUCUUGGUAUUUCAUAUCCCCUCCUCGACACUGACCACAGUUACAAUCGAUCCUACUCGAACUAUGGAAAUGGCGAAACGUUACAGGAUCUCUUAAAGUACCUUAAUGUCAAGUAUCUUGAUCUCCUAAACUGUGGACCCCCUCCGCGAGCAUGUUCCCUAGUUGGUGGGGGAGCUGUUGCCAUACCUGGAUUCGAAGAUGGCCACCACCCUGAUGAUUACAGCCGCGUCAUCCGAGAGAUACUACCCGCCAUCCCAUCCACUCGCUACGUGGGUAUUGGAUCGCAUGUUUUUGACGUAAGAGAUCCUUCCCGGUUACCUAUUGUUAGAGACGGACUUCGAGAGUGGUUUAUCGACAAACUCCUGGGGCUUGAGAAUACCUCAUAG